CAAUUUUUUAUUGAAUUUAAAAAGUGAAUCUGUGACUUUAAAUCCGAUUUAUUAAACCAACUCCAUUGUUUAUUUAUUUAUUGAUUAUUCUGUUCGUCCUAACCUCAACCACUGAAUCUGUUCCCGAGCCACGAAAUCCCAGGCACUGGGUAUUAAAACAAUUAAUAUUUAAAGAUUGUUAUAACAAUUUGGGGGCAGAGGGUCUCGUGAUAAUAUGAGUGAUGAAGAGCUCCAGGAAGAGGAGCGAGAGGUGCUUCUCUCCAUUUAUGAAGGAGAUAAUGCCUUCAAACAGCUGACGUCAACGACUUAUCAGUACAAGUUUGGCGACGACAAUGACCCUCGGUCCUUCCUCGUGGAGAUCAUCUGGAGUGAUAAUUAUCCAACGGAGAAACCCACGAUUAACAUGGAGACUUUUUACAAUAAACAUAUAAUAAAUUAAUCGAUUAUUUCUAAAACAUUCGUUAAAAAUUCAUCUCUUUAAUUCUCGAGACGAAAACAAUUUCAAUCGCCCAAACACGAAUU